AUGUGGUCAAACCUACAACAGCAGCUUGGCACCCCAACCCAUCUUCCAGCUCCCCCGACAAGGCCCCGCCCAUCAUUCCUCGCCCUGGAGGCCUUCGAGUGCCUGGCUUGGAGCCAAGCGGCCGGCCGCCUGUGGGAACAGCUGCGGCAGUUCUGGGCGGACCACUUCUCGCGCCGUUUCCGGCCGCGACGGCCUCCGCUGCGCCGCAUCUCGUCCAUGUCCACCUUCUACCUGCUGGACCACCGCACGCGCCAGGCCGAGCUGGGCCUGAGCUACGGCGCGCCGCGCACGCGCCUCAGCGACGAGGCGUUCGUGUUCCGCGGGGGCCGCUGGGCCGCCGAGGGUCAGCUGACCCAGGCGCGGCUGCCACCAGCGCCGCCGACCCUCUCCAACUGGAAGCCGGCGCAGGCGCAGCGCACCAAGAGCCAGGUGCUGUUGGAGGAAAACAACUACCUGAAGCUGCAGCAGGAACUGCUCAUGGACAUGCUGACUGAGACCACGGCGCGCAUGCACCUGCUGGAGAAGAAGCUCGACCCCGACGUCAGCCCCGCCGCCGCGGCGCGCGCCUGGCAGAGGAAGAUGCGCAAGCGCGAAAACGCCAACGGCGUGCUCAUGAUCCAGCCGCGAGCGCUGGAGUCGCGGUGA